UUGAAAUCGAAUGAACGCGCCUAGAAUUUGUUUAAAAUAUUUGCGCACUCGUUGUUCACAUUAUCUAUAUGUUUGUCAAUUAUUCGCGAGUAAUUAAUUUGUUUCUGAGUGUUUUUCAAUCGUACAAGUUCUUUUUGCAGAGAGGCGUUAUGUGUGUUUUAUCGAUUUGAAUGAAGAAUAAAUUAUGAGUGCUUUUGAGGUAAAACUAACUCCAACUCGUGGUCAACCAAAGCGACGUAGUGAGUCUCGAGAACCAACACUAGUUUUACUUGGUCCCUUUACACCGAAAGCAACAGUUAUUUUCGAAGGUGUUCCGGUGGGUAAAACCGCUCGGCGACAGCUGUUUGUUAAGAACCCUUACGAUGGAACAAUUAAAGUAUUAGUUACAAAACUUCCCAAACCGGAGAUUAACCUCGCCCUCGAAUGGACAUCAACAGAAAUAUGUUCUGGAGAAGAGCGCCUACUAGAAUUAGUAUGGAAUCCUAAUAAAGCUUUUGCCAAGACGGAAAUUCUUCAACUAAGCGAUAAUUGUGGCAACAAGAAAGAUAUCGUGCUUAUUUUCAAAGCCGUGGAAACUAGAAAAACCGUCAAAACAUCGAAACAAGCCUCCAUUAUCCCGAAAAAGCUAAAGCUUAAAUCGCCUUCUCCUCCAAAAACAAUAGUGAAGAGAAGUGUUUUAAUGAAAACGCGUGGGUCUCCAAUUAAGAUAUCCUAUCAGUCACCAUCGCCAAUUCAGUCAUUACCAAAAGUUCGACCUUUAAAUCCAAGCAAUGCUUCUAACUUAUUCAGUUCCAGCAUAUUUGAUUUUUCUAUAGCUUCUGGGGAGCGCGUUGAAUAUAAUAAAAAAGUGAAUAAGGAAAAUGUCAGUCCUGGGACACCAGAAAAUGCAUCGAAAGUUUUCAACAGUAUUAAGUUUACACCUUCCGAUAAUACGAAUAUCUCUUAUCUUGCGGAUUUGCCCACACCGGUGAACUUCUCAAAACUAGCAAGAAAACGAAUAAGUCUCUCUCCAAUUUCCAAUCAGUACUGUUAUGAGCAUGACAUCUCACAACAAUUAAUUCCAUCUGAACAAAGUGUUUUGGCUUUGAAAGAGACUCCUAAGUCAGUUAAUAGAUUGGAUCGAAUUGGAACUAUCAACGAAAAAUUUACAUUAACGCCACAAACACAACAGAACAUUCUCCACGAAAAGAAAGAUUUUGAUCCAAAUUGCUUUUCAACCAUAACAAAGGAUAUAAAACUGAAGGCAGCAGAAAUUCAUGAAGAUGUUUAUAGUGAUAUAAACAGGCAAUUGAAUUUCUCUUAUGAAUUUGAAUUCAACGAAAUGAAAGAUUCGCCAAAAUCAGCGUCCGUGAAGGCAGAAACCUUACUUUCAGCGAACGAUAACUCUCCUUGCAACGAAAUACAGUUGGUGUUCCUUAAUAGUUUGGAUGCAGCCUUAGACGAACAGCCAAAAGUACUGAACAAAACUCAAACUGUCUCAUUAUACGACUCGCACCCGCAACUUUCAAUGAUAGCUGAAGAAAGCUCUCGAGACUUGGGAAUAACUUAUCAUACCAACGCAGCCGUUGAACAUGAACCAGAGGAAUUGAAAAUUCAUCAAAAAACAUUUCACAUCACUAGUAUGAUUAAAUCAAGUUCGGAUGAUAACAUUAUAAAAAAUCUUACAAUGGAUAUUAAAAACUCCACCGUUCAAGGUUCCAUGCCCAAUCUAAACGGCGAGGAAGAUGAAGAAGCGCGCAUGUUUGUUGAACACGAGAUUCGCGCCCAAUCCAGUCGUUUCAAUUUGCAUGAAAUUGAUCAAACCACAGACGAGCUGAAAUCAUCAAAAUGCAAACGACAGUUGAACAGUGAAAAGGAUGAAGCGCUGUCGAUGCUAAUUUCACCUCCCAAAAAAAGUAAGCUCACACCGCCACCUUCCCUGGCUGCGCUUCCGACAAUCUCAAGUUCUUGGACUGGCCCGAAAAUUCCUACAAAAAGUCGUUCAAUAAAUCAAAAAGAACGAACCAGUUUUCAGAUACCAAAAAGCGUUUUGCCACGUAAUCUUUCUCUUAAGCGGACACCAACGACACUAACAGUAUCUAAAAAAUUUAAUGCUGAAGAAAAACGAGUCUUUUUAUAUGAUUCGGACCAUCAUCUCAAAACGCUUAUCAACCCAGAUCCUUUCGCAGCAACCACCACAUGCGAUCCGUUUCUAACCGCCACCAUGUAUCUAGACGAACGAUGUUUCGAAAAAUACGAACGACAAUUGAAGAAAUGGCUCAACGCUUUAGUCACCAUUCCGGCCGAUUUAGAUACUGAGCCAAGCAAGCCGGUGGACGUUGGGAAACUGUUCGACGAAGUCAAAUGCAAAGAACUAACGUUAGCUCCAACGAAAGAACUAAUAUCUUCUAACUACUACAAAAAUCGUUUGAAUCAGUUGAGAAACUCUGGAAUCUCGUUAUACUUCAGUGAGCAAGUGGCGGCCCCACUGCGGAAAAUUCGAUCCGCAAUUGAGAAGAAAUCUAUGGUACUACGAACAGAUCGAGAUUUACAUUUAGAUUUGGUUCUUCAAAGAAACAUCCUCGAACUGCUGCUAUGCUUCAACCCCCUGUGGUUGAGAUUAGGAUUGGAGGUCACGUUUGGCGAGCAAAUUGAACUUCAGUCGAAUCGAGAUGUUGUUGGAUUGAGUACAUUUAUCAUUAAUAGGCUGUUUCGUGAUCGUUAUCUCGAAGCCAAAAAUUCGCGAGCUUACAACUUAUCUGCUUCUUAUUCAGAUCACAUGAAAAAGUUCACUUUUCGCAUGUUCCUGUUUUUACUGUUUUUCCUGGACACCGCGAAAUCACAACGGCUGAUUAAGCACAAUCCUUGCUUGUUUGUUAGAACUGCGCCUUAUAAGGAAACUCGAGAGAUUCUAAUUCGAUUUUCGUCACAUCUAAUUGCUGGCAUCGGAGAUAUUACAAAACAUUUGAAACGAUUUGGGUAUGUUUUGACUCAUAAGCAAACAUUUUUGGAUGAGUUUGAUUAUGCGUUCGAAAAUCUUGCUGUUGAUCUUCGGGAUGGUAUUCGUCUGACUCGAGUUAUGGAGAUCAUACUGCUAAAAGAUGAUUUGACACAAAGUUUGAGAGUGCCAUCCAUUUCGCGACUGCAGAAGAUUCACAACGUAAACUUAGCAUUGAAAGCACUAGAAGAAGCGGAUUAUCAAAUCGCAGGAGACAUCACUGCGAAAGAUAUUUGCGACGGCCAUAGAGAGAAAACACUCUCGUUAUUGUGGCAGAUCGUAUACAAGUUCCGAUCUCCAAAAUUCAAGGCUGCCGCCAAUGUGAUAAGGGCUUGGUGGAGGAACAAUUGGCUAAAAGUGGUGAUUGGACGGAGAAUUGUAGAAAAGAAACAGAAACGAAUGGAAGCGGCUACGACCAAAAUACAAGCUUUCUACCGAGCCUACCGCGCAAGGCAACAUUUCAAGAAUAUGCGACUCGAAAAGUUGCGAGCUGUCGUAGUUAUGCAGAAGUAUACUCGAAGGUUUUUGGCACAGAAACAUGCUGCCUUGCAGUACUCAUCAAUUCUGCGUAUCCAACGUUGGUGGCGAUUAAUGCAAUAUACAAAAUCGGUACGUGAGCGAUUUUUGCUGCAACGAAAAAGUGCCAUUCUCAUCCAGACCAGUUUUCGUAGACAUUUGCUUGCAAAACGACUGUUGGCUGCAUCAGAUAUCAUUUACCAAAUUCAAGUGGAAGCUCGACUGAGGCACGAGAAAGCUAUCAUUAUCCAGCGGGCGAUGAAAUCGUACACCACCCACAAGAAGUUACAGUCGAUCGUGAUGGGAAUGGUUGCAUUCAAUAGACGCAAGGCGCUCAAAUAUCGUGCAGCUUCCAGAAUUCAAGCACUAGUUAGAAUGCGCAAAGUACGCCUGGAGUACCAGCGUUUGCGGAAUGCUGCUAUCACUAUUCAGCGUCGAUGGAGGGAAACUUUAUUAGCAAGAAAUGAUAGACUAGCCUUCUUGAAAAUGAGAAGAAGUGCAAUCACAAUUCAGAUGGCAGUCAAAGGUUACUUUCUUAUGAAACAAGACAUGGCGAGUUACGAAGAAAUACGAAAGAAAAUAACAUUCAUUCAAAGAAAGUUCAGAGCCAAGUCUGAAAUGAUGAGACAGCAAACUAACUACAUUCGAUUGAAACAAGCAACUCUAGUGAUACAGCAACGAUAUAGAGCUCUAAUUGAAAUGAGAUGCAUUAAGAAUGAUUUUUUGCGGAUAAAAUGGGCAACAGUAGUCUUACAACAAAGGUACCGCGCUCAACGAGCGAUGCAGUCCACAAGAGAGCAAUUCAUCAGUUUGAAACAUGCUACUGUAACCAUUCAACAGCAUUUCCGAGCACUCAUUGCCAUGAAACAGUGUUACCGCAAUUAUGAACGAAUUAAAUCUGCUUGCAUCACCAUCCAGCAGCGUUGGCGUGCAACAAUAGCAAUGAGACAGCAAAGGAUCAAGUUUCUUGCUGUACAAUAUUACACUAUUUAUAUUCAAAGACAAUUUCGAGCCAAUAUCACUGCUAGGAAUCAACGCAAAGGAUACCUAAAAUUGAAAUCAGCUGCAAUAUGUAUACAAAAAAGAUUCCGAGCUACGUUGCUUACUCGUGAAAUACAGAAUCACUACCGAACGCUACGUAAAGCGGCAAUUCAUAUACAGAGAUAUUGGAGAAAUCAUCUGAUGAAACGAAGAACUAGAGAAAACUAUUUGGCUAAGCGUACGGCUGCCAUUAAAAUUCAAAACUGUUUCCGAGGGUAUGUGUUAACCAAACAAACUCGCAACAGUUUUGUUAACCUGCGAUUGGCGGUAACUCUUAUACAACAAAAAUAUCGUGCAACACUGCGUAUGCAGGAGCAGAAACGAUCCUUCCAAACUCUGGUCAAGGCUGCUCUUGUGUUUCAAAGGCAAUAUAGAGCCAUUCUAAUAGCUCGCAAGCAAAAAGCUGAUUACGUAAGGUUAAGGGAAGCCACCAUCUGCAUCCAACGACACUGGAGGGCGUUUGUUUCGAUGAGAAAAUGUCAUGAAGAAUACAAAACGCUUAGAAAAUCUGUUGUUAACAUUCAGAUCCAGUACCGCGCAAUAAAAUCGAUGAAAAUAGUGCGAUUGGAGUACCAGCGAACACGUGCAGCAGCUGUCCUUGUUCAGCAGAAAUAUCGAGCCAAACGUGAAAUGGAACGUGUCUGUGGACAGUAUUUAAAUUUAAAAAGUGCCACAAUCGUUAUUCAACAGUAUUUUCGCGGGUAUUUAGAAAUGAAACUACAUAGAGCUUCUUUCGUCCAAACAAAAUUAGCAACAUAUUGUUUACAACAACGAUUCAGAGCCCUCAAGGCAAUGAAAACGCAGAGAAGGCAGUAUCUACAUCUGAAAUCUUCUGCGUGUACAAUUCAGCGUUGGUUCCGGUCCUACCUAGUAAUGAAACAUUGUCGUACAGAGUUUGUACGUCUCAAAAACGCAUGCAUCGUUAUUCAAACGAGAUAUCGGGCAAAAAUAGCUAUGACCAUUGAAUCUCAUCAAUACGAAAGAUUACGAUUUUCUGCUUUAAAGAUACAACAACGUUGGCGUGCAGUUUUGAACAUGAGACAUCAAUGCAGUGAAUAUCAAAGAAUUUUAAAAGCUGUUUGUAAAAUUCAAACGUUCUAUCGAGCUUACAGGCUACGGCUUUUGGAUCAAUGCAAUUAUCGAAUCUACCGAUCUGCUGUUAUUGUCGUGCAACGUCAGUACCGUGCAAAUAUUCAAAUGCGUUCCGAACGAUCACGUUUCCUGCUUCUGAAAACAACUACACUACGACUGCAAUGCCGAAUUCGAGGUUUCCUCGCCCGUCAGGCAUUCCAAGCGAAACUAACACCUGAAUAUUUGAAUCACCGCCAGCAGGAACUUGCGGCUAGACGGAUACAGACUUACUGGCGAGGAUACUGUCAUCGCAAACGCUAUCAAACGCCACUGAUGCGCGAUAUAGCCCAUCGAAUGAUUGCUAGUCGACGGGAGGCGAUUCGUGAUCCAUCUAAUCGAGUAACCAAUAUCUUGCGGUCCUGUAUGAAGUUUAUGAAAACGCGAUUCGCGGUACAUGAGGCAAUCAAGGUUUUGCUGAGAAUCGAACAUAUCUCACGGCUAGUGCCACAUUUACUCACUAACGAUUCUAUUUUCCUGGCUAGUUUUUGCUACAUGACGAUGGCACAGGCAAUUCGAUCGGAAUUGGAUAAACAGCUAAUAGAGAUUUGUGCUCGAAUCAUUCUAAACAUGGCCCGAUUUGAGGGAACCAAGGAGGAAGCUUUUCAGGAAAACGGUUUAAUUACUGUAUCGCAAAUGCUUCUCCGCUGGUGUGAUAAAGAGUGUGGUAUCUUCAAUACCUUGUGUACACUAUUGUGGGUUCUAUCCCAUGACGCGCACAAGAAGAAUGCCAUCCGAAGCUACAUGAUUUCGCGAGAGGCUAUUUUUAUGCUGCGUGAAACUAGGAAACUUGUCCAACGUAAAGAAAAUAUGCGUAAGAACGUCAAGAAACCGGUUGGAUGUCUCGUACCACCAGACCCGAUUUUAUUGCGGAUGGAACCAAUUUUGGCACCUGAUUACGGUGUGAUACGAAGCAAACCGUACGUAUUUUACUCCUCUGUGUUUGCAUUUGAAACUGUCCUGAAUGUGUUGGAUGUAGACAUAUCGUAACCACAAUUUGGGUUUUUAACCCUAUGUAUGUAUCGCAGCCAUUAUUGUUUUACAUAUUAUUUUCGAAGUUAAAUGCAUUUGUUACUAUAAAACGGCAACAAAACGAAGUGUUUCAUGCAAAUAAAUAUGCAUAGUUAUAUUGCCACCGUAAU